CAUAAAUCGUGUGAGACUGUGUGUGGAUACAGACAAUGGGUGGCAUUACAUUACAGGAGGAAGAGGUGGCAGAUUGUGGGUGCAGGAGGAAGAGAGAUAAGGGAGAUUGAGUGUGAGGAUAAAUAAGGACAAGCUGUACCUGUCAGAGUCUGGGGCACCCGGGAUUCUUUAUCUAAAUCUGCAGGAGGUUUAUCUCCCCUUUAUCCCUGAUAACAGAGUUGGAAGUAGAACAAUGGUAAUUAAUUCUGAUUAAAUGGGGGGGUGUUGGGAUAUAAAUGUGCAGAACUGUGUCCGGUGGCACCAGAUACACGAGCCACUUGCACCAACUGACAGUCCAGCCAAUUAGAAGCCAAUGAUGCUGCCAACUGUGAGACUUCUACUCCUCUCCCUCGUCUUCAUCAGCCGCACACACGCAGUCGACAUCCCAGCCGAUCCCAACUUUACAGUUGACAAUCUGCUGGGUGAAUGGACCGGAGUUGCGGCGGCAUCCAAUUGCCCCUUGUUUAUGAAAAUGAAGGAAGUCAUGAAGACUGAGCCGGUUACUAAGUACUGGAUGGAUGGAGGCAACAUGAUGUGCAGCAGCAAAUUCAGAACAAGUGAAGGCUGCCAGGAGAGGAAAGUUACCCUGAAAGAGGCCGGGAAAGGGCAAUACACAUACACAGAGCUUGGCCAGUCACUUAUGACCAUCAUUAAACUCACCCCCUCCCUCUGCCUGGAACAUACCACCACCACCAUGUCCAACGGGGACGUCUACUUCGACCUGAAGCUGUACAAGAAAGGGGCUGAAUCGCCUAAAGAACUGGGACAGUUUACCAAGUAUGCCCUAAGCCUGGGCCUGAAGAAGGAGAAUGUCGUUUUUUUCAAAAAAGGAGAAAAAUGCACCUUCAAUUAAACCCAGGAACAAUGGGCCACGGGGCCCCUUCCCUGCAGCACAACUUCUCCUGCUUCCAACCCACCAUGUUUCUCUUCCCUCUGCUCCCCCCCUGAACCCCCAAUGAAAUAAACUGACCUGACACUG